GUUAUGAUUGGAUAAAACAGAAGCAUCGGAUUUGAUUAGGGUAUAAAUGCUGAGUCAACGUAUUUCUCUUGGUCGCAGCCAUGAUUGUAAUGGCUGUGUGACUGUCACCUUUUCUUGCAUGAAAAUAAAUCUUCAAAAGACUUGAAGACUUUUAUACCUUCAUUGAAAUAGAAAUUUGCCACAACACAGUCUCUAACUUCAUAUCAGUGUGGAGAUGAAUAUUCCAGGAAUAAUACUGCUCCGUCAGAAUUUUCUCAUCAUUCUUGUCUUCUUUGGGAUGGUAUUGAGUGGGCUGAUUUACCUGAACAAUAUACAGUGCAGCUGCAAUCAGCAGAUAACAGAACAAGUCAUCAUCAAGUCAAAAUGGAAGCAAAAGACCUUUGGAUUGCGCUCAUCGUCAGGGUUGUUCUACAACCAGCCGAGUGCUUUGGUACUAGGUCGGACAGAUGUUGCUCCUGUGACAUCAUGGUCAGCUCCAAUAAUUUGGGAGGGAACCUUUGACUCCACACUGAUCGACUCUAUCUACAAACAUCAAAAUCUGACCAUAGCAACCACUGUUUUUGCUUUGGGAAAAUACACACGUUUUGUCAAAGAUUUUCUGGAGUCAGCAGAGAAGUAUUAUUUUGUUGGAUUUCGAGUGCAUUACUACUUGUUCACAGAUAAACCAGAAUCAGUUCCUGAAGUGAAGAUGGGUGAAAACCGUAGUUUGACAGUUCGAAAGGUCCCGAGUUUGAACCGAUGGCAGGACAUCAGUAUGAACAGGAUGGAAAAACUGGAAAAACUAAUAGAGGAUGAACUGUCCAGUGAGGCCGACUAUAUUUUCUGUCUUGACAUAGAUACAAAGUUCUAUGGCCGUUGGGGUGCGGAGUCUUUAGGUCGUCUGGUAGGCGUGAUACAUCCUUGGUUCUUUGAUGCUCCAAGGGAUCGAUUCACAUAUGAACGUAGACCAGUGUCUCAAGCAUACAUUCCAGCUGAGGAAGGUGAUUAUUAUUAUGCUGGUGCUGCAUUUGGUGGCUCAUUGAAGGAUGUACAUCAUCUCACCAAAACCUGCAGGGAGAACCUGAACAUUGAUGCUGCAAGAUCCAUUGAGGCGGUAUGGCAAGAGGAGUCUCACUUGAACAAGUAUUUCCUUUUGAACAAACCUAGUAAACUGCUCUCUCCUGAAUAUAUGUGGAGGGACAUCAAUGAAGGUGCAGCCCAAAUAAAAAUAAUUCGCUUCACUAAUGUACCUAAAAACUAUGCUGAAGUUCGUCCAAACCCGUAGCAACUGUUGCCAGUAUUCAGCUACACUGACAUGGUGUGUUCUCACAGGCCUCCCAUAAGACAUUGUUAAUCUGUUAACAAGUAAUACUGACAACAGGAAGUCGACAUCUGCCACCAAGAAAAUGAAUAAUCACAGACAUCUACAGAUCUUUAUGAGCACAAUGUGGAGUCCGGGGAGUGAAUUUCGAGAGGGACGGCGUUUCAUUUCCAACUGGUUAGGUUUAUUUGGAAAUUAAAGUGAUUUCUAUAUUAUAUCCAUUCAAAAGACUACGAAAGCGAUCCCAGUAAAUGUAGCGCUGUGUUUAUGGUUCGCUGCACAAUGCGGUCUUUUGCUUAAUAUCUGCAGACUGCAGCCAAUAGAAAUGCUUCUCUAUCGCUGCGCGUGCUGCUCCUCACAGCACAGACCGUGAAGGCAGACUGCAGUUGUUGUCAUUCAUUGUAACAAACAAAGUGUAGAGACGAUGUAAAUAAUAUAUUAAGUGUGCCGUGUAGAGAGCUUCAUUCAUUAAAAUGGAAGUUUGUGAGAUAGCGAUGAACGGAGGGUAACAGCUUUUUAAUGAUUAUAGAGAGUUUGCAAAUGUGAAAUUGAAUUUAUACAACAGUUUAUACAUUUUUGAUUUUAUACAAAAGUUAAUAUUCAGUGACUUACAUUUUAGGAACACUGUCUAUUUUGCUCUAUUUCGUCAACAAAAAUAUAGUUAAAAAACAAAGUCACAGCUGCCUCUGCGCAAGUCUUUGACACAGAGCUGUUUCGUUUAUGAAUGAAUCUUUGCUUUUGAACAAAUCUAGUGAGUCAAUGAUUCAAUGACCCAUUCAUAAAGAGAGUCACUUGCUUCGUUCCUAAAUGAAUCAGCCGUUUGAACGAAACGAUUGAAUGAAUGAUUCAGUGAUAAAGACAGUGCCUUGAUGCCACCUACUGGCAGUUCCUGUUUCAUUUAAAGUAUAAAUGAAUCAUUUGUCAUUUAUUUCAUUGAAAUUUCUAUAUUUAAAACAUUAAUCUCAUAACAUUGUUAUUAUGAGAUGCAUUAAUGCCAACUCUGAGUCUUAUCAAAAAUUUCUUAAAUUCUGUAAAUAUUGUUUAAUGCCACAUUUGUGCUCUUCUGUGCCAUGCAAAGAUGAAUUGUUGAUGCUGAUUUCAUUUGACUGGAAACUUAUUCUUCCUGAUUUUUAUUGUUAUAUCUUAUUAUUUUAAUUGAAUUUAUUGUGUAGUUAAUUUUUUUUUUAUAAAAGUUUAUAUAUCUAAAUGUUUUGGCACAAAAGAUGACAUACAUUUAAUAAGGUUAGAAAAUGACAUUACAAAGGUUUAAAAAAAAUAAAAAAAAUAAAAAUAAAAAAAACUUCAAGGAGUCAAAUAACAAUAGGAAGGUUAACUUCUGGGUCAUUCCUGGGAUUCAGUAAUAUUUCAGUCCCCCAGAGUUUCUAAAGUGGUGGUUCACCAAAAUUGUUAGAAGCUUUUCACAAAACUUUGGGAUUCCCAUUAUAAUUAAUAAAAAUAAUUAUUGCAUUUUUAUAUUUUUAGCAUAAAAUAAUGUCUUGUAUCUAUCUUGAACCAAGCAUUUUGUAAUGUCCCUGAGUUUGUACUUAGAAAAUUAUUAACAAAAUGUACAUAGUGUCUGUGAUUGUUGGUAACAAUAUAAGCAUUUACUUGUGUUCCUUUCUUGUAAAAAAUAUAUAAAAAAAAAAAAGCAAAAUAUUUGAUAAAAAACAGACUGUAAAGUUAUGUCUCUCAGUCUGAACUCAACCCCGUCACACUAACCAUUCUUCACCCAUAAUUUAGUCUCCACUCAUAUGUGACUUCAUUCAGGUCUCUUUAA